UCCCUGCCCCGCUCUCCCCCGCCGAGCCCCCCCUCGGAGCCACCAGCCCCUGGGGGCCCCGUGCCAUGCCCAGCACAGCCUGUCUGACAUGGGCUGAGCCCGGCGGCCGCCGUGAGCAGCCUGGCUGUGAGCAAGGGCCACAGGCCGUCCCCUGGGGCCAGGUGGGUCCCUGAGCCAGCGGGCUCUGAGAAUGGCCUGUCCUGGGGACACCCCCAGCUGGGAGCAGGGGGGACCAGCCGUGUGGGGGGGGCGGCAGGUGAAACUCCCCAGACAGAGUCUGCCAGGCUGGGGGCCCCGGCUCAGGAGACACUGGGGGUGAAUGACCAGCCUUGGCCGGCGCCAGGGGCUGCAUUCGGCUCUGCCCGGCCCUUUGCCCGGUGGCACCAGCUGGGUAGAUGGGAGCCCCUCGGAGCUGCCCUGACUGUCUGUGUCUCCUCCCGAGCCCCCUCUGGGCAGCAGGCCCUGCCCUGGCUGCGUGGUGCUGAGGGGUCCCCCAUGCACAGCGGGGGUCUCGGGGCCCAGCGCCGGCUCCCCCAAGAGUGUGUCAGUUGGUUCCAAGCGGCGCAGCACUGGGCAGCAGCCCCCCAGGAACGGCCUCGCGGCGCGCAGGGACCGCAGGGCAGAUUCACACACAAUUCGCUCAAAGGCCCCAGGCACACGGACCUCAGCCAGCCAGGGAAACAGGAACCCAGUGUGGGGCAGAGCUCGUUAGCACAGAAAUCCGUGACUUUCAGCCAAGUCCAUCUUGGGGGGAGGGGAGCCCAGGGCCUUGGAGCCCUUUUCCCCCCUGAGUGGCCACCAGCCAAGCCUCCGUCCCCCUCUGGCCUUUGUCUCUUUCCCGGGCCUGGGGGGCAGGGAGGGGGCUGCCGAGGGGGGCAGGCUGCUUUGAACGUGCUGGGUUCUAGAUAGAAGCUGCGUGUGGCUCCCAGGUGUGGCUGCGCCCGGGACGGGGGCUGGAGGAGGGGCCGUGGCAGUCACCCCAGAGGCUGGCAGCACAUGUCAGGCAGUGGCCGAGUUGCUGGCACGUGACCCUGUUCUGGUGACAUGCCAAGUGGGCUGGGCAGCUGCUCCAUCGAGCCCCAGGCCAGCAGGACCCAGUGUGACCCCUAGUCUGACCCCGGCCAGCAGAGGGCAGUGCCCUGCCCCCGUUAGCAUCAUCCGCUCCCUCGAACCAUGGCCCGGCCUGGAGACCCCGCCGCGGCCUCUGGAAACUGGCCCAGCGUUAAUUCCCCUCCCCGUCCAAACUCCUGUCUGUCUCGAGCGCUGCCCCUCUGCGUGAUUUCCCACGGCCCCACUUUGGGGGCCAUCUGCAAACUCUACUGGUGACGAGUUGCUGUUUUCUUCCAGGUCAUUGGUACAAAUGUUAAAUAGCGAAGGGCCAAGCCCCGACCCUGUAGGACCCCCCUGGCACAGCCCCAUGACGAUUCCCCAUUUCCAAUUCCAUGUUGAGACCUAGCAGUGAGCCGGCUUCUAAUCCGUGUAAUGUGGGCCACGGUCGGUCAUUGUAUAUUGUUCUAAUCUUGGGAACAAAACGCCACGCAGCACCCGUCAGAGGCUUUGCAGAAAUCUAAUUAUACUGUCACCACCGUUCCCUGCAGCUGCACGCUUGUCAGCUCGUCAGUCUGACGCCAUCUGUUUUCCAUAAGCCCAUGUUGAUUUGCAUUAAUUACAUCACCCUCCUUUAAUUCUUUAUUAAUGGAGUUCUGUAUCAGCUGCUCCAUUACCUGCCUGGGAUUAACGUCAGGCUGACAGGCCUGUAAUUACCCUGGUCGUCCCUUUCUAACAACUGGCACAACAGGAGCUUGCUGACGGUCUGGAACUUCCCCAGGGCUCCAGGACUUGUCAGAAAUCAGCAUUAACACCUCAGUGAGCUCCUCAGCCAGCUCUUUUAAAACUCUUACAUCCAAGUUAUCUGAACCAGAUGAUUUCAAAAAGUCUGACUGUAGUAGCUCCUGUUGAACAUCCUCCAGAGAUGCUAGUGGAGUGGAAAGAGAGAGAUCACCAAUACAGCUGCCAGGAUCCUUUUAGUCCUAAUAUACUUAAACAACUCUUAUUGUCCUUAACUCUGCUGGAUGUAGACUUCUCCGUGUGUCCCUUGGCUUCCCUUAUCUAUUUUCAACAAGUCCCAUCUUCUGUCUUGUAUUCUUUGCUGCCCCCUUCCCUCUCUUCCCAUGCUUAGAUAUGAUUCUUUUAUUUUUACAGCUGCCUUGAGUUCCUGUCUAAGCCAGGUUGGUUUGGUAACCACCGCAGCCGCCUUCCUCAGUUGUGGGAUUGAGGCUUUGGGGGCAUUGAGUGCGGGGUUCUUGAACGAUUCCCAAUGAGCAUUCCCGUUUUCCUGUUACAUUCUUCCCAGCUGAGUUGGCUCGUAAUGAUUUCCAGCUCUGUGGAAUUGGCCCCAUUAAAGCACCGAGUGUGAAUCCAUGUUACUGGGCUGGACUUUGUUCUGCUCCACAUUCGAAAUGGGAUCAAGCCCUGAACACUUGUCCCGAAGCUCUGCCACGGGUCCCUCUGUGUCUGUCAGGACAAGCUCUAAGGCAGAGCCCAGUGUCGGCUGCACGUGCCAAGUCAGGAGAUUGUCACUCGAAUGGAGGUUUGAGCCCUGGCAGCGGGAGCCCCAGAGCACGUCCCUCCUGUCGAAGGGCCCCAGGAUCGCCCAGAUUUGUCCUACGCCAAGACGGCCUGUUCCUGUGUGAUCCUGCUGGUGCUUGAGCUGCUCGGACAGGGGGCUGGAAACCCCUUCGAAAAUACUCCAGGCUGUGAUGACCCCCCGUAAAAAGCAACCCCCACACACACUUCCACGCUGCUGCUGGCAGAGCUGGGCACUUGGCAGCCACUGCCACAUGCACGACCCCCCUACACAAGCCUUGCAACCCCCAGUGUGAGAAACCCUCUGCUGGGACACGGGGCCAUGAGCCCCCCCUCCUCCCCCCGGAGUUGUCGGUGACUCAGGUCCAGCAGUGGUGUUUGGCACAGAGCCCCCCGCCCCCCUUGGCCCCUCCGUCCUUCCUGAACAGGUUAUAGCCUGUGCCCCUCACUCCCGACCCGCAGCCCCCUGCUACCCCCCCUCACUCCCGACCCACAGCCCCCUGCUAUUCCAGCCCCGAGACCUUAUCAAGGAGAUUUCCUUGAACCUUGGUAAUAGUCAGCCAGGCAGCUGAUUAAAAUUCCUUCCCCUGCAAGGACACGGCCCCAUCCCACCUCCCCUCCCUUCUCCCUGACAAGUGGAUGCUGUUUGUGGGCAGGGUCUGCCAGGUCGUGCCCAUGCGCCCUAGGCUGAGGGAGCCCGGGGCAGUGGCAGCCCCCCCGGGCAUCUGCAGAGGGAGCAGGUCUCCCUGGCUCCCCCGUAGGCUUCGUGUUCCUGCCUCCUUGCUUAUCUCCCGAGAACGCGGAUGGAAGAGUCCAACCUGGAGCUGGAGAGCUGCCCCCCUUCACCCUCCUGGGUCCCCAGCACCCCCAUGCCCUGGCACCCCCUGUGUCCCCAGCACUCCCAUGCCCGGGGCCAGCGGGCACAGCCUGGCAGCGUCAGAGCAAGGACCCUUGGCUUGGCAGCUGGAGGUGCAGCCCUGGCAGUACCCGCAGCAGCUGUGCCGCUCCUUGCCUCCCGCCCAGUGACCUGCUAAGGUCACCCGGCAGCUGCUCUCGCUGGAACCAGCCUGGCAAGGAGCCGGGACCAGGGGCUGAGUUCAGCUGUCAGGAGGUGGCAGCCCAGGAGGAGCCUGGCACGGUGCCCGCCUGGCCCUGGGAAGAGGCAGCAGCUGGUUGAGGGCGGCCACGCGGUGAAGGCUCCAACGAGCAGGGAGCUGCUGCUUUCAGUGACUGAUGGAGCCGGGUUCCCCCCCCAGUGAGCCUGAGGGAAGUUCUUUGCCGGGUGCGGCGCAGGCCCCGGGGUGGUGCCAGGGCCGAGGGGUCGGCGCGCCAGGUGCCGGCGCUAAGCAAUGGCUGCUGGGCAGCUCUGCCAUGGUCUGUAGGUAGGAAGUGACGCCCCAGGACACAUCUCCACAGCACAAACCCGGGGCCCAGAUGGUUGUGAUGACACGGCCCCUUGAGGCUGGGGGUGCAGCCCGACAUGGAGAGCGCCAUCUACGACACCCUCCUGGAGACCACGGACGGGGACGGCGCCGACGCCGGCGGGUACCUGCCCUACCCGCUGGGCUUCCAGGUCUCGCUCAGCAGCUUCCUGCUGCUGGAGAUCGUGCUGGGCUGCAGCGGCAACCUGGCGGUGCUGGCGCUGUACUGCUCGCAGCCCGGCCUGGUGGACUCGGUCAGCACCGUGGUGACCAUGAACCUGCACGUGCUGGACACGCUGGUGUGCCUGGUGUGCGCGCCCCUGACCGUCGCCGUGCUGCUGCUGGCGCCGGAGCACAACGGCCCGCUGCUGGGCUGCUUCCACGAGGCCUGCGUCACCUUCGGCAGCGUGGCCACCGCCGCCAACGUGCUGGUCGUCAGCCUGGACCGGUACGACAUCUCGGUGCGGCCGGGCCGCCGGGCGCUGACGCCCAGCCGCGCCGCCCUGCUGCUGGCCGCCGUCUGGCUGCUCUCUCUGCUCGGCUUCUUCCUGCCCUUCCUGGAGCUGGAGAUCCUGCGGGGCCCCCGCCCGGCGCUCUGCCUCUGCGUCCCUGGGCCCCAGGCCGAGCCGGCCACGUGCUACCACCUGCUGCUACAGAUCCCGGCCUUUGCCGCCACCGGGGCCGUCAUGCUGCUGACCUACGCCCGGGUCCUGCGGGCCCUCGACAUCCGCCUGAGCGGGCGCCGCUCCCGCAGCCAGCGCCGCCACAGCAAGCGCCGGAAGCGCCGGAAAGGGGCGGAGCCGGGUGCCGGCGCGGGAGAGGCCCAAAGGCCGGUGCCGGCGGUGCCGGCGCUGCCCCCCCAGCCCAUGCGGGUGCAGGCCUCGGUCUCGGUAAUCGUGGCGCUCCGGCGGGCCGUCAGGCGGCACCGCGACCGCCGGGAGCGCCAGAAACGGGUCUUCAGGAUGUCGCUCAUCAUCGUCUCCACCUUCCUGGUCUGCUGGGCACCCAUCUCCAUCGCCAACCUGCUGGUCUUGUGCCUGGGGCCCGGCCGCCUGCUGCUCCAGCUCCGCCUCUGCUUCCUGGCCCUGGCCUAUGGCACCACCGUCUUCCACCCGCUGCUCUACGCCUUCGCCCGCCAGAAGCUGCGCGCCGCGCUCCGCAGCAAGCUGAAGAAGCGGGUGGGGUCGGCGCUGCAGGUGGACCCCGUGCCCGGGGGCACCGUCAUACACAACUCCUGGGUGGAGCCCCACAAGGGGCGCCGGGCCCGGCCCACGGGCAGCGCGGGGGCACAGCGCUGCCCCACCCAGGGGCUAAGGGAGUGAGUGGCUGGCACACGCCGGGGCCUGGCUGAGCGCAGCUGGCAGGACACAGACUGCACCACGCUCACUGGCCAGGCCAGGCCAGGCAGCUCCGCUCCGGGGCGCCGGGGAGAAGCUGGGCCCGUCGCACCCGCCCUGGCCGACCGGAGGGGUCCCGCCCAGCUCCCAGCAGACCAGCACCGGGACGUCCACACUGGCCCAGGCGCAUUGCCAGGCUGGGUCCUGGCUGGGGGCUGGGCCCCCUGGAACUGCCAAGGGCCCUGUGCAACCCCCGCAUCGGGAACGGCUCCUCCGGCUCCCGCCACCGGGCCCCGGGCCUGGGCGCCCCAAGCUGGCUCCACGCUGGGCGAGGGGAGGGGCCCGGCUGGUGCUGACUGAGGGGCCGAAGGAGAAGGGGGCGGGAGACCCUGGGGCCCUGGGGCCCCUCCCAGGGCAGGGCCCUCCCCCUCCAGUGACUGGGGCUGGCUGAGCCGGCCCAUAACAGUAUUUCCACCCUCAUCAUCGCGGGUGGGGGGAGUCUGGGGGGGACAGCU